AUGGCACCGAUCGCGAUCGAGCCCAUCAUCGUGGCUUCCACGCCGUCCAGCAAGAUCGCCCCGUCUAUCACAUCCAAAGGCACAGCCAUGGACGCCAUCUCGGACAUGGUCGACGAAGUCAACGUGUACCGCGGCACGCACCCCUCCGCACCUCAACCGUCUGACUGCGACGACGACGAAACAUGGCGGACCGAAGGAUCCCGCUUCGACUCUGAAAAGGACAAGACCGACUUUCGUCGUUACGAAGACGCCCUCGAUCACGUCAAAGCCUUCUACAAGACGCAGCAUGAAAAGCAGACGGUUGCAUUCAACAUUGCCGCUCGCGAGCGGUUCCUCCACAACCACCAUGCAUCCAUGACUGUUUGGGAAGCUAUCGAGAAACUCGAUACUUUGGUGGAUGAGUCCGAUCCCGAUACCUCUCUGUCCCAGAUUCAGCACUUGCUGCAGACGGCCGAGGCGAUGAGGAGAGACGGCAAACCGGACUGGAUGCAGCUGACGGGACUCAUUCACGAUCUCGGAAAGCUACUCUGCUUCUUUGGUGCUGAUGGUCAAUGGGACGUUGUCGGAGACACGUUUGUCGUCGGAUGUGCUCCCGAAGGAACAGUGUACCCGCACACCUUCGCCAACAACCCCGAUUCCCGCGACCAGCGUUACAACACCAAAUACGGCAUCUACCAACCCAAUUGUGGCUUGCGCAACGUUAUGCUCAGCUUCGGCCACGACGAGUACCUGUACGAAAUCGCAAAACGCGAAUCGACGCUACCCCAAGCAGCGCUCGACAUGAUCCGUUACCACAGCUUCUACCCUUGGCACAGAGAAGGUGCUUAUCGACACCUCUGUGAUGCGGAGGACGAGAAGGCGUUGGAAAACGUACUCGCUUUCAACCCGUACGAUCUCUACUCGAAGUCGGACUCUCCUCCUGAUGCGAAAGAGUUGAGGCCGUACUACGAAGGUCUGAUCGAAAAGUACUUUGGCGGCAAGGACAGGAAGAUCCAGUGGUGA